AUGUGUGGUUGUUAUGAUUAUGUAUGACACAGACGAUCCGAAGAAAACAGAGCACUUGGUGUCACUUGAGGGAGCAAAGGAAAGGCUUCAUUUGUAUAAAGCAAAUUUAUUGGAAGAAGGAUCCUUUGAUUCUGUUGUUGAUGGCUGUGAAUGUGUUUUCCAUACAGCUUCCCCUGUUAAUCUCUCACCCACUGACCCACAGGCAGAAUUGAUUGAGCCUGCAGUGAAGGGAACACUAAAUGUCCUGAGGUCAUGCACAAAGGCUCCUUCACUAAAGAAGGUUGUUUUAACAUCUUCCAUGGCUGCUGUUUUGCUUAGCGGGAAACCAUUGAUCCCAGAUGUUGUUGUUGACGAGACAUGGUUUUCUGAUCCAGAUUUCUGUGAGAAAGUAAAGAUUUGGCCGUAUGUU